GGGCAGUGGUUCCCCACUAGGAGGCGCUCGCGCUCCUCUUCUUCCCUGGGGGCAGCGGUUCGUCCCGCUGCCUGCGUUCCCUUUCUGCUCUAAGGGCAGUGGUUCCCCCACUAGGGGGCGCUCGCGCUCCUCUUCUUCCCUGGGGGCAGCGGUUCGCUCCGCUGCCUGCGCUCCCUUUGUCCUCUGAGGGCAGUGGUUCCCCCACUAGGGGGCGCUCGCGCUCCUCUUCCUCCCCAGGGGCAGAGGUUCUCCCGGCCGUUGUAAGGUUCCAGUUAGUAACGGCCCUGUGACUGAGGCGGUGCCAGCAUCCUAGGAGAAGGGGGGCCGUUGCGAGAACUUAGGAACCGAAGCCUGCGCCCACUUGCCCUCGUUCUCCCUUCCCGCACACAUCGCUCGGCCCGGGGCGCCCCAGUUGCGGGGGAGGAGAAGGCGGCGGCGAAGGAAAGGACCAAAAAAGAUGCUGACCGCGGUGGUGGGAGUGAUCCUCGGCAAGGUGAAGGCAUACCUGCGCACCAAGGAGUUUAAGGACUACGUGACGAGCACGCAUUUCUGGGGCCCCGCGGCGAACUGGGGCCUGCCGCUGGCCGCCUUGAAAGACAUGAGGGCGUCGCCCGAGAUCAUCAGCGGCCGCAUGACGGUGGCUCUCAUGUGCUACUCGCUGGCCUUCAUGCGCUUCGCCUACCGCGUGCAGCCCCGGAACUGGCUGCUGCUGGCGUGCCACUCCACCAACGUGCUGGCGCAGAGCAUGCAGGCGCGGCGCUACGUGCGCCACCACCGCGGCCAGCCCGCCGCCGUCCCCUUCCUCGCCCACAAGUAGGCCUGGCCGGCGUCGCGGGCGCAGUGGCCGCCUGGGCGCGCGCCUCCCGCGAAAGGGGAUUUGUUUUUGAAGCUGUCACGUCCUGCUGAAUCACACCCCGCCCUGUUUGCUUUUUUAGUGUUUUUUUUAAGACUAGAAAUUUGUGUGGGACUGACUUUGCAAAACACCCCCUCUAAAAAAAGAACCCAAACUCACUCCUGAGAAUCUCUUUUGUUUCCCCAGGAGGUUUUUUUCUUUCAUUCUCAGUCCUAAGCACGUUAUUAGUUAAUUAAAAAGAAAGAAAGAAAAAAGAAAAGCUAAAUCGAGUCCUGG